AUGAUCGAGGUGGUUCUGAACGAUCGAUUGGGGAAGAAGGUUCGCGUGAAGUGCAACGAUGACGACACCAUCGGCGACCUGAAGAAGCUGGUUGCAGCUCAGACGGGAACGAGGGCCGAUAAGAUUCGCAUCCAGAAGUGGUACACCAUCUACAAGGAUCACAUCACCCUCAAAGAUUACGAGAUCCACGACGGCAUGGGCCUCGAACUCUACUACAACUAAAAUCCCUCUUCAAAGGUGCUAUUAAUGGCAAUAUAGUAUGUAACUGGAUAAAUGCGUCGAAUGUAACUUUUGACUCGCAAAAAACCCCUUUGAUUGGAAUAAUGUACAUACCCGGAUGAUAUUGGGUUUAAUUUGCUGUUGGAACAAUCUGUUACUUUGUUAUAUAUAACAUAUUUGACGUGUUCCUGGUUUAUAUGAA